AUGGCGACUAAGACGCUUGAAUCUCGCUUUGAGCAUUUGUCUGUCAAAGAUGAGAAGGAGGGAAGCAGCGAGAGGACCUAUGGAAAAAAGGGUUCUGCCUCCGCGGGCGUCUCUCAGACAAACAGCAACUCAAACCGGGCACAAUUGCUCAAGUUGGCCCUUCAAAACAACAAUGACAACAAAGUCAAUGCAAUGAAUGUCCCCCCGUCGCCGGGCAAGGGUCACGGAACGUUGGUCUCCCGAAACACCGAUGAAAAUGGCGAGAAGCGCACAUCUUCUCUUCAUGAACAGUCGUCUGUACCGAGAGAACUGCACCUGGGAAUGUUCGAAAUCGGCAAGCCCCUCGGAAAAGGAAAAUUUGGGCGAGUGUAUCUUGCCAAGGAACGUUCGUCCGGCUUUGUCUGCGCACUGAAGGUACUGCAUAAGUCCGAACUUCAACAGGGUGGAGUCCAGAAGCAAGUCCGCCGUGAGAUCGAGAUUCAAAGUAACCUGCGACACCCCAAUGUGCUGAGACUCUACGGCCAUUUCCAUGACAGCAAGCGUAUCUUCUUGAUUCUCGAGUUUGCCGGCCGUGGAGAGCUCUACAAGCAUCUUCGCAAGGAGCACCGAUUCCCGGAAUGGAAGGCUGCCCAAUACAUCGCCCAGAUGGCUGCAGCAUUGAAGUACCUCCACAAGAAGCACGUUAUGCAUCGGGAUAUCAAACCCGAGAACAUUCUUGUUGGCAUCCACGGAGAGAUCAAAAUCAGUGACUUCGGAUGGAGUGUACACGCCCCCAACAACCGGCGCCAGACGAUGUGCGGAACUCUCGACUACCUGCCCCCAGAGAUGCUGCACAGUGGCUCCCAAACGAACUACUACAGCGAGAAAAUUGACUUAUGGAGUCUGGGUGUGUUGACCUAUGAGUUCUUGGUUGGUGAGGCUCCCUUUGAAGAUACUCCCAUCAUGACCCAACGGAGAAUUAGCCGGGCAGAUAUGUCGGUUCCGUCCUUUGUGAGCCCUGAGGCAAAGGACCUCAUCAAGAAGCUGUUGGUCCUUGACCCUGCUAAGCGAAUUCCUCUCGAUGAAAUCCAACGCCAUCCUUGGAUUGUCAAGCACUGUGCGAAGGAAGAGCAGACCUUGAAACGAAGCUCUGGUUCCUCAAAGACCGAAAAAGCAUGA